UUGUUCUGGUGUAGGGUAGCGGGAAAUGUGUGUUGAGAGCUGCGCGAGCGGAUUGCGUUUCUCACGCUGGAUCAGGUUGCCGUUAUCAGUUGGCGCUGUGGAUAAUAGCGAACCGAAACGUAAACAAACGACGCCCACGUAUUGCCCUGGCUAAACACCAAAGUCCUUGCCCCAUGUGGAGUGGCCGGCUGGCAGAUUGUUCAAAACUGGCGUUCGCUGCUCACGUUAAUUGUGUAUUGAGUGCGGGAGAUUCCCGAAUCGUCGUGUGGGUCGUGUGGGUCGAGUGGGUCGAGUGGGUGUCAUGGACAGUCAGGAGUACGUUUGGUUAAACCCCAGUGAUAAAAGCAAUAAUAGCAUCAGCAACACCAUCAGCAGCAGCAGCACUUUCUCCACAACAACAACAACAACAAAUGCGUCAAACGGGCUAGAGGAUGCCCUCAUGGACAUGGAUAUGACAACUGUGGCCGCCACCGUUGGAGCGCCCUCCCGGAUCGGCGCCGGCCUACUGCUCUGGCUGGUCAUCAAUGCAAUCAUCCUCGUCUUCAUACUGGUGGGCAAUGCGCUCACCAUUGUCGCCGUGCGCACCUGCCGCAAUCUGCGCUCGGUCAUAUCGAAUCUGUUCAUCCUAUCGCUGGCCAUCUCCGACUUCAUUGUCGGCGUCGCCCUGCCCUAUCACGUCGUCUUCUACAUGGGCAGCAGCCUCGAGCUGGGCAAGCUGCGCGGCUUCUGCUUGUUUCGCUUCUUCCUCUUCAUCUGCGCCUGCUGCGUCUCCAUACUGACGCUCAUCUCCAUUGCCGUGGAUCGUUAUAUAGCGGUCAUGUACGCUCUGCACUACAGACGCUAUAUGACGCGUCGCGUCGCCUACAUGAUCAUCACAUUGAACUGGUGUGUGGGCGCUCUGGUAGCGCUGAUACCCAUAUUCUGGAACAAGUGGUCCGCGGCGCAGGGCUGCGAGUUUGACGAGGUGCUGCUGCCAUGGUAUGUGGCUGGGAUUAUAACGCCCGGAUUCGCCAUCAUCUGGAUAUGCAUGCUGGUCUUCUACUGGCGCAUCAUGCGCGAGGCCUCCAAGCAGGCGCAGCGAGUGCGCCAAUCUGUCGUCUACAACACGCACAGCAGCCACAGCAUGCUGCACCCGGACUGGAAGAGCGUCCAGAUUGUGGUCUUCAUCAUGGGCUGCUUCACGCUCUGCUGGCUGCCCUACUUCUGUGUGGCGAUCGCCCAGCUGUUCCGCGUGUGCCGCAGCAACUCGAUGAUCUACAAGACAGCCUUCUCGCUGGCGAUGGCCAACUCGGCGCUCAAUCCCAUCAUCUACUCAUGGAAGAAUGCCGGCUUUCGGCGUGCGUUCGCCCAAACGCUCUGCUGCAAGUCCAGCCGCUGCUGUCGCAUCGAUGCCGACCUGGAGCUCAAUUUGCCCUCGGACAGUGCCAAGCAACGCAUCGAUAGCAACAGCAGCAACGGCUAUACGGCCGCCAAGGAAUGUAAUGUAGAAAAACUCUCAACUCAGUGCCAGGACGCGCAAUAAAUACAAAAUAUAUCUAAUGUAAAUC